AUGGCGUGCGUGGUUGCCAGACGAGGUGACAAGACCGCGGUGUCCCCCUUCGGUACCACAGGGAGUGACCUGAGGGGCUCCACACAGGCUGACAAGUCCAAGACCUCCCCCUUUGAGAAGUUUAAGAAGCUAGACUCACAACAGUCACCCCGCCCGGCCAACCCCUUCGCCCUGGCACUGCCCAUUAUAAGACUUAAUGCAACUGCCGUGAAAACCAUCAUUUUAAACUUCUGUAAGCGAGUCACAGCAGACUAUGAACAAAAGGUCCGUGUGUCACCAGCUAGAGCCUUUGGAACAGUGAAGGUUUGGUACAGGUGUGGGGUCAAGUACAAGCCUUGGUUCCAGGGGUCAUACUGUGUAGUUAAGGGUAUCCCUGCUAAUCAUACGUGCUGCUCCUCCCUCCCUCCCACGCAGUCACCCCCCGCAGUCACCCCACGCAGUCACCCAAACAGUCACCCCACGCAGUCACCCCCACGCAGUCACCCAAGCAGUCACCCAAGCAGUCACCCCACGCAGUCACCCAAGCAGUCACCCCACGCAGUCACCCACGCAGUCACCCCCACGCAGUCACCCAAGCAGUCACCCAAGCAGUCACCCAAGCAGUCACCCAAGCAGUCACCCAAGCAGUCACCCAAGCAGUCACCCAACGCAGUCACCCCACGCAGUCACCCCACGCAGUCACCCCACGCAGUCACCCAAGCAGUCACCCCACGCAGUCACCCAAGCAGUCACACAAGCAGUCACCCAAGCAGUCACCCAAGCAGUCACACAAGCAGUCACCCCACGCAGUCACCCACGCAGUCACCCCACGCAGUCACCCCCACGCAGUCACCCCCACGCAGUCACCCCCACGCAGUCACCCAAGCAGUCAUCCCACGCAGUCACCCAAGCAGUCACCCACGCAGUCACCCAAGCAGUCACCCCACGCAGUCACCCAAGCAGUCAUCCCACGCAGUCACCCAACGCAGUCACCCCCGCAGUCACCCACACGCAGUCACCCAAGCAGUCACCCACGCAGUCACCCCAAGCAGUCACCCAAGCAGUCACCCAAGCAGUCACCCAAGCAGUCACCCCACGCAGUCACCCAAGCAGUCACCCAAGCAGUCACCCAAGCAGUCACCCAAGCAGUCACCCACGCAGUCACCCAAGCAGUCACCCAAGCAGUCACCCAAGCAGUCACCCAAGCAGUCACCCACGCAGUCACCCAAGUAGUCACCCAAGCAGUCACCCAAGCAGUCACCCAAGCAGUCACCCAAGCAGUCACCCCACAUACUCACAUCCACCUGUCCACAUCUCCACUGAGCCUUCCAGUUACCCCUCCACCUUUCAUCCACUCAUUCCACCUUCACAAAUACCUC